AUGCUUGCACUUAAUUUAUACGUGUACAUAGCUUCUUUGAGAGGCGCUUUAACAUGCAUUACCCCUCACUCCCACCAUUUUUAUUUGACUAAAAUGCGAGGAAGGCAUCUUCCACAGAAAAUAUUAAAAAUUGUUUUACUUUUUACAUUUGUUACUGUAACGCAGUCCCGAGUUGAAGGGAAUUGGUCAGAUUAUCAGAAUGUAGGAGAAAACGUACAGAAUUUAAAAAAACACGAAGAAAUUCCUUUAGGCAAAAAAUAUGACAAUGGUGAAAAUAUUGAAAAUGAAAUGGCUAAAAAUGAAAAUGAUGUUAGUGGAAAAGCUAAUGAAAAAGUAAAAUCAAGUAAUUUAAUUGAUAAAAAAGGUUUUGAAGAUGAGGAAGGAGUGAGUAUUAAAAAAAUGAAAAAUCGAAAUGAAGGAAAACAAGGUGAAUUGAUAAACAAUUUCCCUUUUCUCCGUGAUGUACCCUACGAAGAAGUGAAAAAAUUUCAACAAAUCUCAAAUGAUCCAAAUUUAACAAAGGGACAAUUGGAAGUAGAACGUCAGCAAUGGGCAGAGAAACAAAAUACUGAUGUUAUGAAUGCUUUCUAUGAAUGGAAAGCAAAAAUUGAAGAAAGCAAAAAACAAGAGAAGAGGAAACUAGAAGAUCGUUUGAAUUUGUUUACAGAAGGAAUGAAAAAUAUAUUGUCAAAAAUAGAGGAAAUAAUAGAUGACAAAGGUAUUAGCCGAAAGCAAGAUUGCGAAAAGAUACGUUCACUUCUUAUUGAAAACGAAUUACGCAAGGAUUUUACAGAAAAGGUUCCAAUGCAGUUGGUGGAUUUUUGUAUGAAAGGGGCUGAUAAAAAUGAAGAGGUCAAACAGGAGCAAAAUGUGGAUCAACCUAUUAGGAAGUCUACCACUAAAGACGGAGUAUGGCCUUAUUCUAAGAAUGAUAAGGAUAUGAAGGAUGCAACAAAUGACAAUGAAGAACAGAAAGAAGAGUUGAAGCCCAAUCCGCUAAGUAAAUUUUUUGGUUCUUAG